GCCAGCCCUGGCCACCCGCCUGAGCGCCCUCUCCGGACCGCAGAGCCAUGGCCUCCCCUCGCCUGCUCGCGCUGCUGCUGCUCCUCGUGGGAGCCUUUAACGCCGCCGCCGCCGAGUCGAUCCGAGAGACCGAGGUCAUCAACCCCCAGGACCUCCUAGAAGGCCGAUACUUCUCCGGAGACCUACCGGAUGACGAGGAUGUUGGGGGGCCGGGGCAGGAACCUGAUGACUUUGAGUGGUCUGGCUCUGGAGAUCUGGAGGGUCCAGAGGACAAGCAUAUGCUCCCGGAAGUGACACACCCCUUGGUGCCUCUAGACAACCACAUCCCUGAGAGGACCGGACCCGGGGGCCGGGUCCCCACCGAACCCAAGGAACUGGAGGAGAAUGAGGUCAUUCCCAAGAGGAUGUCCCCCUUUGAUGGGGACGAGGAUGUGUCCAACAAGGUGUCCAUGUCCAGCACCGCCCAGGGCAGCAACAUCUUCGAGAGGACAGAGGUUCUGUCAGGUAAGGUCCUGUCCUCUCCCCAAGACUCCUCGAAGCAGGAAGGGGCGCGGCGGGGGAUAAUGGGCAGGUUGACUCUAGCCCAUUCGGCUCCCUGGUGUCCCUUUCUUGCGGCCGCUGGGUGCCCCGGGGCCUUGAAGGCUGACACUUUCCCUAAGACGUGACUCUGGUUGAGUGUGCAGCCGGCUGGAUGGGGAGGAAGAGUUGCAUUUUAAAAGCUAAAAAGAAAAAUAGAUGUUGAGUCCCUCACUUGCCAUCCGUCCUUCUCUUAUUUACAAAGCACUUUCCCAGCCUGGGUUUGGCACCUGGGAAGUUAAUUAUUAAAAGUUUAACUUCCUUCGAAAACUUCCCUGGGAAGCCCGGAGGCUCCUUUGGACUGGGCUGGCUUCCCCUCCCUUCUCCGCGUGACCAAGGCUUGUGGCAGCCUUGUGACCGUGGCCGAGAAGCUUUCCAGCCUCGGUUGAUGAGGUGAGCCUCAGUUUCCUCCUCUGUCGAUGGGUAUAAGAUGCCUCCUUGGGCUGGUGUAAUGACUUCAUGAAAAAUAGAAUCUAAAAUAACUUGGUAGGAGUUCCUGUUGUGGCGCAGCGAAAACAAAUCCGACUAAAUCAUGCGGUUGCAGGUUCAAUCCCGGGCCUCGCUCUGUGGGUGGGGUAUCUGGCGUUGCCAUGAGCUAUGGUGUAGACUUCAGACACAGCUCAGAUCCCACAUUGCUGUGGCUGUGGCGUAGGCUGGCAGCUGUGGCUCUGAUUUGACCCCUAGCCUGGGAACUUCCACAUGCUGUAGGCGUGGCCCUAAAAAGCUGGGAAAAACAAACAAACAAACAAAAAAAACCAGCAAACUGUAAAGGGCUGUUUGUUGGUAUAGUUCACAGCAGUAGGAGGUGUGGAAUAGUCCAUAGAAUAGAAUAGAAUAGAAUAGAAUAGAACAGAGUAGAAUAGAACAGAACAGAGUAGAAUAGAACAGAACAGAGUAGAAUAGAACAGAACAGAGUAGUACUGUAUAGUAUAGCAGUAGAUGCAAAUUCCAUGUGCCAGACUAAGAAACUGAGGCCUAGAGAGAGUCCAUGUUUGGCCUCAGGUGAGAGCCACAGGGUUCUUGACUGUGAUGUGCUGUUACAUAGAAAUCUCUGUCCUGGGGUGAGACUUCAGGAAUGGCUCUAUCAAGUGCCAUUAUAUGGCUUUCGGCUAUAGUGGUAACUGGCUCCUUCUUUUCUUCCCUGGCAGCUUUGAGGCUCUCCAAAGCUGGGUGGGGGGCUUCAUCAGAGGGAACUCCCUUUCUGACCAGGUUUUACAGGCCAAGGGCUGGUAUGGAUGAACCAGCCUAGUAAGGGGGCAUCCUGUCUCCUGGCAACCAGCUGGGCCAGCAGUUCUGAGGAGGCUGGAGGUACAGGGAAAGAGCCCUGGGUCCUCCUCCGUCCAGGACAGGUAAAGGAUCUUGCCUGCCUCUUUCAGAGUAUAACCCCCAGUGACCUAGGGCUCAGCUGGACCCUGGCCCUGGCCUCCCAGAACCUGAGUCAGUGUUUUUUAACUUUCUGUGUGAUGUGGGUGGGGCGAGGGAUGCUGUGGCUACUUAGAGACCUUUUGGUUUUUAAAGGUCUAGCUUCCCCCAUCUUUUUUCAGCCACAAAGUUUCACUUUUGGUUGGUGGAUGUGGGAUUUUGCUUUUACCAACUAAGGGACCAACUAAUGCUUUUAAAGAAAAACUUAAAACCCCUGAUCUUGUCCAAACAACUGUUUCUUAUACACGGAGAGACUGAAGCCCAGAGAAAACAAACGGCUUGCUUUGGGUCUUAGAAAGAGAGAAUCAGGUCAUCUCUUAAAACUUCCAGUGGAGAAUCACAUGAGCUCUUGAUGUGAAAAGGUAUAUUGUUGAGCUGACUGAGGCGGGACUCUCUAUUCCAGGAGGUUUUCAACAGCACCUGGAAGUUUAUCGAGUGCCUGCCAUGUGCCAUAGGUUGCGUCCCCCUGUCCCCAACCCCUCACUGAGUCCUCACAACAGCUCUUAACCCACGGGUAUGGUUAUCUGUCCUCUUAGAGAUAAAGAAACUGAAACUUGGAGAAGCCUAAUCACUUGCCCAAAGUCAUAAAACCAGACAGUGGUGGGCCUGGCACUUGAACCUAGGACCACGGUCCCUUCAGAGACUGAACUUGAGUCUUGACCUUGGGAGGAAUCCCAGCACAGACCAAGGGUUGAACAGAGAGGAGCCAUCGGAGGAAAAGGCCAUAGAAACGGGAAGGGGGUUGAUACCCGAUAUCCCAUGUCCUGUUCCUGGGGGCACUUUUGUGGCUGCUGUUUCAUGGUCUUAGCCAAGAAGGAACCUCUCUUGGCUUCUCUGCCACUCCGUCCCCAUUCUGUGUGUAGAUUUGGAGUGUGUGCAGGGACAGAAAAUUAAUCUUCUUAGGCUAAGACCGAAUUAGGGGACUCAAUCUGCCACAGAAAGGAUUCUGGGAGACCUCCCUGCCCCCUCAACAGACAGGAGUGAGCCCUCCAGGUGUCGUGCAGGCAAUAUACUCUCACCCAAGGUGACAAGCCUGACACCAGGUGCCCUCGGCCAGGACUUAGUGUCGGGCCUGAAUGAUUCAGGGUGGCCGGGGGCACAGAUAUAAACCACGAAGGCGGAGCAUAUGCUAUGCACUGUGAGAAACUCUCAGUGGAUGAAUUUAUUUAACCCCCAAGACAAACAUAAGAAAGGUACUAUUGUGUCCAUUUUGCAAUGAGAGAGAUGAGGGAACUUUAGAUCCCACAGCCAGUCCGUGACAGAGAUGGGAACAGAACUUAGCUUUAGAUCCUGCUGUAGAGCACAGGGAACUCUAUCUAAUCACUUGUGAUGGAACAUGAUGGAGGAUAAUGUGAGAAAAAGAACGUAUAUAUGUGUAUAACUGGGUCACCUUGCUGUACAGCAGAAAUCGACAGAACACUGUAAAUCAACUAUAAUAAAUUUUUUUUUUAAAAAAGACAAUGAAAAGAAGAAUCUCGGCUUUGGAGUUCCCACUAUGGCUCAGUGGUUAAUGAACCUGACUAGUGUCCAUGAGGACUCGGGUUUAAUCCCUGGCCUCGCUCAGUGGGUUGAGGAUCCAGUGUUGUUGUGAGCUGUGGUGUAAGUCACAGACAGGCUCGGAUCUGGCAUGGCUGUGGCUGUGGUGUAGGCCGGCAGCUGCAGCUCCGAUUUGCCCCCUAGCCUGGGAACCUCCAUAUGCCAAGGGUGCGGCCCUAAAAAGACAAAGA